CAUCUUCAUCAGCAGCUAAUGGAAACGAGGCUGGGCGGAUGUCGUAUUCCAGCGAAUUGAUUGAGGCAAUUCGAGACAUAAAAGAUUCAGUUACGAAGUUGACAAACGAAGUGGACGAACUGAAGAAGAAUCAAAACAAAUCCAAUGAGCCUGGGACCUCUACAGACUACAUCGGGAGAAACUUUGAUAACUCUCCGCGUAACACGCCCCAGGAUGUACCGACCAGAGUUUCCUCAGACUCAGUCCCCUGUGUGGAAACGAUUUCUUCGACAAUUAGAAGCAACAUUCUACAAGAUGGCCCGAUUCAGAGAAGCAGCACCAACAGCAUCAAAAGACCCAGUGAACAUUCCAUCACUACAAGAACUCGUUUUGUACUAGAGGAUCAAGCAAAUAGAUUGUGUGAUUCUUCCAUCAGUGAAAACACAAGAAAUGCCUACAUAACAGGUUUUAGGACUUUCUGUAAUUUUUUACCGUCCAUUGGGAUUAGAGCUGAUGACUUUAAACCAACACCAAUUACAGAACAAACCCUUAUCUAUUUCGUGACACAUUGCUUUAAGACUUUAAGACUGUCUAUCAAUACCAUCAAGUUAUACCUAGCAGCUGUGAGAUUCUUCUAUGUGAAAGCCGGCGUCCAUUGUCCAUGGUCCACUAUGAACGAAACAUGCCCCAGACUACAUACUGUUUUAAGAGGAAUAAAGAAACAAAGCAAUACAAGAGAGAAAAGAAGACCCAUAACCUACAAUAUACUAUGUCAACUAUACAGCAUCCUGAAACAAGGCAGAUUUGGCAAAUUCAUAGACACUAUGCUUAUGUCCGCCUGCUCAUUAGCAUUUUUCGCCUUCCUAAGAUGUGGGGAAUUCACUAUUCAGAAUGGUAACCAGGACAACAUGUUAUCUUUAACAGACAUUACGAUGGAUUCUCAUGAAAACAAAGUGAAUGCUUUUACCUUAGUGCUAAAGAGCUCAAAAACAGAUCCUUUUCGUCAAGGAAUUAGUAUCAGGAUCUUCAAAUCUGGUAAUGUCGUUUGCCCCGUCAACUCAAUGGUGGAAUAUCUCAAGAUUCGCAAAACCUGGACUAAUGGCAGAGAAUCCCUUGCACUUUUCAUUGAGGAAUGCGGAACUCCACUAACGAGAAACUCCUUCGUCAGUAAACUUAAACAAUUACUUCACUCGCUAGGAUACAAGGAUGAAAAGUACAAUGGGCAUUCCUUCAGAAUUGGGGCAGCAACAUCCGCACCAUCCGGUAACGUGGAGGAUCACAUGAUUAAAACAUUGGGACGAUGGAGGUCCGACUGCUACAACCGAUACAUUCGUACUGACGACGACACAUUUUCCCGUGCUCAACAGGCAAUGUGCAACAAGUGAUUCAGUGAAAAAUUAUUAUAGCUAGUGCAAUUCAAAAUGGCCUUGAAAGAAAAUGUGUGUGUUCUAGGAUACGAUCAUGUUUCAUAGUGAAAAAUAGCAGUGAAAUCCAAGUCAAUUGUGAAAGAGUCAAGUGUGAAAGAAAUGUUUCUGUGAUUCCUAAGGAUGUGUUACUUCAAUU